CCUCCCACUCACUAUAUAUUUUACAUUAUUUAAAUCUUCCUGGGCCUGUGGAUUGAUUCAUGAUUGAUUGAAUCAUGGGCUUUCUAAUUGAAAGCCCAUGAUUGAACUGUGAAUUAGCCUAGUCUAGUUUGAUUGAAUCGGAAAAUAUUGAAAAUAUAAAGUUGAAAAGUUCUCUGUAACUAUCCAUGUAGCAAUCACCUUGAAUGAGUUACAAAUGCGAAAGUAACUCUAUCAUAUUUAUGUCGAACUUUUUAUCAUGGUAACAGACAAUAAAAACGGUGGAAAAAGCCGAUAAAAUAAACUAAGUAAACUCACAUGUUUUUAUCUGGAGGCUCCCAUUAAAAGGUGGCGCUACGGAAAAACGUGAUGAAAAAUUGCUCACCAGAUGGGGUUGAUUUGUUUACUUCCGUUUUCAAUUAGUGAAGUUUCAAAAUUAAAAUGCUACAAUCUCAUCGCAUCUGUAUCAAAGCGAGGUAUAUGCAACCCUAAUAUAAUGAGAGAAAGUCAGCUAUAGAUACUCACAGACUACAAGCAAUGGUGUGGCAAUAUUUAUGGGCCCAUGGGGUCUUCCACUUAAUUAGAUGGUUCCCUAGGACAAACAGAUCUAAAGUGCGAAUAUUCAUUCUCCUCUUAACACUUGCAUUCCUGAUUCCUCAAAUAUUUGUACUUGCAACGCCAGAGUCUGCAAGGUUCUGUGGACAACACCUGUUUGAAUUCCUCAUUGUCUCAAUUGUGUACACAUUUUGCAUGAUAGGUUUUUCUGUGCUAUUUUCCAUUAUGGACCCUAUACCAUGGGAAGUGAAACUGGCAUUUCACAUAUUUGGAGGCAUCACAUAUCUUUCCGGGUUGCUACUGACAAUAUUUGUUUCACUGGCAGGCGAAUGUAGCGUGACUACAGGGACACUGUACUUCUUUUCUCUUGCCCUCAGUAUCUUCUCAGUCAUUGGAAUAGUGUUUCUCACAGUCAUGGUUCCUUUUUGGAUUGUCAACAGAAUCUGGAAAAACUCUGUGCUUGACUUGCGCUAUAGAACAGGAGUGUGUUAUGAACCUGUCAAAUGUUGCAGUUGUGUAUGGCAUAUAUAAAUGCAGUUACAGCUGUAACCGAGACACAUUUACAGCAGAUGUGUGAACAUAUAAGUACUUAAUUUUUUCAACCAAACUACCACAAUCAAAACUGGAUGUUGCCAUCUUAAUAACCAUAGAG